AGCCCCGCGGCGCGCGCACGCACACGUAACCUUCUCGAGUAACAAGUGCCGAGUUGAGGCAUUAGUGCAGUGCGACAGUGAGUGAGUGCAGUGAGUGCACGGCUGCAGUGCCGCGAAGCACUGACCGACCGGUGGCGGCAUGCUGGAGGCAUGCGCGCUGCCGCUGCGCUGACCCGAUGCGCCGCGCGCGCCUUCCGCCCGCGCUGCUGCUCGCCCUCGCCCUCGUCUGCCUCUCGCAAAGCGCGGCGGGGGCGGGCGUGUUCGAGCUGCAGAUCCUCGAGUUCAGCAAUUACCGGCUGCAGCUGGCAUCAGGCGCGUGCUGCGCCGGCGGCCGCCGCCCGCCGCCCGGCGCCGCCGCCGCCGCCUGCAGCCAGCCCUGCCGCACGCGUUUCGCGCUCUGCCUCAAAGAAUACCAGUCCGCGGCUGCGCCCGGCGCCUGCUCCUUUGGCCGCGCCGCCUCGCCCGUUCUCGGCACGGACUCCUUCACGCUUGCCGAGCCACUCUACACGCUCUCCCUGCCUUUCUCGUUCCGCUGGACGCGCUCGUUCACGCUCAUUCUUCAGGCUUACGACGACUACAACUACACGGACCCGGAGGAGACGGGCCUGAUCGAGGAGGCGUGGUGGUCGGGCAUCGUGGAGCCGGGCGCCGAGUGGCACGCGCUGCGCCACGCCGGCGCCGCCGCCGCGCUCGCCUACCGCGUGCGCGUCACCUGCCAGCCCAACUACUACAACACCACCUGCACCACCUUCUGCCGCCCGCGCGACGACAAGUUCGGCCACUACACCUGCAGCGCGCAGGGCGACAAGCACUGCCUGCCCGGCUGGCAGGGCGACAACUGCGAGAAGCCCGUCUGCAAAGAGGGCUGCCACCCGACACACGGCCGUUGCGACCGGCCUGGCGACUGCGACUGCCGACCGGGCUGGCGUGGCGAGCUUUGCUCGCAGUGCCAGCCGUAUCCCGGCUGCAAACACGGCUACUGCAAUGGCUCCUCGUGGGAUUGUACUUGCGACACCAACUGGGGCGGCAUACUCUGCGACCAAGAUCUCAAUUACUGUGGUACGCACGAGCCUUGCCAGCACGGAGGGACGUGUGAAAACACGGCGCCCGACCAGUACCUGUGCUCCUGCGCCGAGGGUUUCUCCGGCGUGGAUUGCGAGCGAGUGGACAACCCUUGCGCGCCGCAGCCGUGCGCACACGGCGCCUGCGCGCUGGCCACGUCGCCGCGGGGCUUCACCUGCGCCUGCGACGCCGGCUGGACCGGCGCGCUCUGCGACCAGGACGUGGACGACUGCGCCAGCGCGCCCUGCCACAACGGCGCCACCUGCCGCGACCUGGUGGACGCCUUCAGCUGCGAUUGCGCGCCCGGCUGGACCGGACCCGCCUGCUUCGACGAUGUGGAUGAAUGCGCGGUGCGGCCGGAGGGCGGCCCGGAGGGUGCUGCGGGCCCGUGCGUCAAUGCGGCCGCCUGCAACAACACCGCAGGCGGGUACUCCUGCGCCUGCUUGGCGGGGUGGACGGGCCGCGACUGCGAGCUCAACGUGGACGACUGCAUAGGCCAGUGCCUAAAUGGCGCCACCUGCAUCGACCUCGUGGACGACUUUCACUGCGCAUGCGCCGCUGGUUAUGUGGGACGCACCUGCGAGCGCGACGUCGACGACUGCGCCUCGCGUCCCUGCCGCAAUGGUGGCGAGUGCGUCGACCUGCUCGACGCCUACCGCUGCAUCUGCCCCGUCGGCUUCUCGGGCACCGACUGUGAGGACGACCGCGACCAUUGCGCAGACGCGCCGUGCAGCAACGGCGCGCCGUGCUACACGGCGCAGAGCGACUACUUCUGCCACUGCACGCCCGGCUGGACCGGCAAGAACUGCACGCAGCGCGCACCCGCCGCGCGCCCCGCUUACCCGACCCGCGUGGAGGACUGCACCGAGGGCGGGUGCGGCGCCGGCGGGAGCUGCGUGGAAGCGCCGGGCGUCGCGCCGCGCUGCGUCUGCCGCGCCGGUUGGACGGGCGUCCGCUGCGAAACCGAAAUAAACGAAUGUGCGACUAAUCCGUGCCGCAACAACGGCACCUGCGUCGACGGGCCGGCCGAUUUUGUUUGCGUCUGCCCCGAGGGCUGGAGGGGGAAAACGUGCUCGGUGCGAAGCGACUACGAGCGCUGUGUCGAUCGACCGUGCGCCAACGGCGGCACGUGCGUGCGCGACGCGGGCGGCUGGCGCUGCGCCUGCGCCGCCGGCUGGACCGGCGCGGCCUGCGACGCCGCGGCGCAC